AUGGCUUCUUCAAGUAGUACCACCGGAAGCUUGCGGCAGCUUCCUUCGCUGAGUAUCCCACCAUCGGAUAUUAUCCCAGCAAAACCUGCGGCUGUACCUGGCGAAGUUGAUUAUCUGACCGACUUGACAGACUGGGAGCAGCGGAAUGCCACAUUGCAAGCACAUUGGAAUGCCUGUAUGUCCGGUGCCCAGAAAACCCCUUCUAUUCAUAAGGAUGUUUUUGUACUACUGCUGUCGUGGGCUCCCGCAUGUGAUGAUAUGUCAGUCGCCGGUGAGGUUAAAAGCGUUGGAGACUUAUUCGAGGAUAUGUACCAUUACAAGGUGUCCAGGUUUCUUAUUGAUAGCUCCAAGAAAGCUAAGCCUCAAGCCCAGGUUAAUAAGGCAGUUGCCGACUUUGUAGAGGGCUUUGAUGGACCGGACUCACUGUUUAUUAUAUAUUAUGCUGGCCAUGGAGACAGAGGGAAAGCCCACGGAGAAUUAAAACUAUCCGCACGGAGAAGACGGAGAAAUCAACAGGAGUCCGAAUGGGAUCAUAUUGUUUGGAACCGUACUGAGCAUAUUCUCAAAGAUACUCAGUCAGAUGUGUUGGUCAUCUUUGACUGCUGCUAUGCCAAUGAUCUCGGGCGAGGCGGGCCGCUCAACCCAAGAAGUUUCGAGUAUCUCGCAGCCUCCUCUGAGCCAGUCACUAGAUCGCCCGGCCCUACAUCAUUCACUUCGGCUCUUAUAUGGGCUUUGAAAAAACUUGCUACACCAGAUCCCCAGCUACCAGUCCCUCCAUCGCAAACAGUGCCGAUAUUCACGACAAGUAAACUCGCAGCAAUGAUAUGCAACGCUCCCCAGUUCCCCCCUGGUCAGAAGCCUUCCUUAAACGACCGGGGCACUGAAACUUAUCAACGAAUUGUGCUCUCUCCCCUUCCCGAACUUUGUAUGAGAGAUAAUACUAGUUCGUCAGCCAAGGUGGAAGACAAUCCAGGCGGCACCUGGCCCACCGAUCCCACCGACUGCUUAACCCUUGAAUUAUCAUUCAGGGAGAUGCAAGAUGAAGCAACUAUCAAAAAACUGGCCGACCACUUCACAAAGUUCAUGAAAUUCGACAACACUAGUCUGUGCAGGGUUCGGUGGGAGGGAAUCAGCCCAUUCAGACCGGCCGACCAACUUCGAAAAGCCGUGCACCUGGUUAUGAAGCGAAAAAGGGGAGCAUCGAACCUGUCGCAUUCUGAAUCUAAGACUGACAGAUUGUCACCACGGAUAUCACUUGAGGCACCGAAUGGCAUGGUUACACCACUCUCACUGACAGAUACCAUACUACGGUCACCGAUCGAAAGCGCGCCACCAACACCAACGGAGAACAUGCCGCUGCUUCCCCAGCAUCCCCAACGUAGCCAGAGCGUGGACUGUCGCAAGAAAGGAUUUAUAUCUCGCUCCGUUUCUUUCGUUCGCAGAAUCAUCUAUGCAGAAACCUAUACAGCGGAUCAGGGGCGAGUGGCCCAGGGGAAGGGGUUCGCAUCAUUUUGGAGCGGUAUAUUAGGUUUUCUUCGACGCGGACUCUCUCUGCGCUCGAGAUAG